CGUCGUCACUGUCGUGUGCUGUCAGCUUUCCUUUGGCUCACCCAUCUCGCCACUACCUCCAUCCGUCCAUUCCUGCUCCAUACUUUCCUUUUUCACAAGCCUCCAACAUAUCAGCAACCUCCUGAUCAUACACAGCCAUGGUCGGAGGAAGACAGCUGCUCAACGGCAGCAAUGGCAACGUCAACAGUCGCGGCAAUCCCGAGCAGUUCACCAAAUACCAGCGUGUUGAUCUAGAGAGCGGCUAUGGAGCCAUCAAUCCUGUCAAGCCCAGGCAGCGCUUUCGGGACGCCAUUGAGCAGACCGUCAAGGACAACCGCGCCUCGGAGCUCAAGCGCAAGUUGAUCGAUAAGGUCGACCACGAUGCCCUCGAGGUUUACAGGAAGAGCGAGGAAAGCCUCAAGAGAAUAAAGAAUAAAAAAGUCCGCAAGUUUUACGAAGAGCAAAACGAACGCAUUGACGGUUGGGCCGAGGUCGACAUGGUCGUAUCUUCGCUCGCCGACGACAUUGUCGACAGUAUGAACCCCAGGGACCCCGACCACGAUGGUGUGGCCGAGGACAGAGGUCCUUUGGGUCUCAGCGGAGAGGACUUGGAACCUUUCCUGCCGGAAGAAGAGCGCGAGAAGCGGAGAAAGGCAGCCAAGCACGUCCGAUGGGCCAUCAAUAUCAAUGUCCUCGUCAACAUCCUCUUACUCAUCGCCAAAGGCAUCGCCGCCAUCUGGUCAAACUCCCUCUCUUUGAUCGCGUCCCUCGUUGAUUCCGCUCUCGACUUGCUCUGCACCGUCAUCAUCUGGACUACCAACAAGCUCGUCGGCUGGCGUCUUCAAUCUCUGCGAAAAAAGUUUCCCAUUGGUCGCAAGCGUCUCGAACCCAUCGGUAUCCUGGUCUUCUCCAUCAUCAUGGUCAUUUCUUUCCUCCAAAUCCUCCAAGAGUCCAUCAACAAGCUGCUACCUAGUGGCGACCACAGCGUAGCCACGCUUCCUCCUGCAGCCAUUUUCGCCAUGGUCUCUACGAUUGUUGUCAAAGGUACAAUCUGGAUUGGAUGCGCCAGGGUCAAAACUACUCAAGUGCAGGCUCUAGCUCAGGAUUGCAAGACUGAUGUCUACUUCAAUACCCUGUCUCUUUUGUUCCCUCUCAUCGGUGCCCAGGUCAAUGUCUGGUGGCUCGAUCCUCUCGGUGCAGCCUGCCUUUCGCUGUACAUCAUCUACGACUGGGCUUGCACUUGUUUUGAAAACAUUACCCGUCUUACUGGAGAAGCCGCAGAUGAACGCAUAGAACGCAAGAUGAUGUUCAUGGCAUACCGCUUUGCACCACUCGUUGAGGGCUUCAAGAGCCUCAAGGUGUACCACGCUGGUGACGGUGUUUGCGUCGAGAUUGAUGUACUCAUGAACGAGGGGACUCCACUGAGGACAUGCCACGACAUUGCAGAGACCCUGCAGUACUGUCUUGAGGGUUUGAACGAGGUAGACCGUGCUUUUGUUACAAUGGAUUACACGGACCAAGGUCCCACUGGACACGCCGAAACCUAACAUGAUACGUAUAUUUGCGUUAUUUGCAUUAGUCUGUGUUUCUGGCAUUGCAUGCAAGGCGUUUGGUAGUCUAGCUUUCGGCAUCUCUACAUGUUCCUAUGAAUUCUUGCACGAGUCCAUUUUUCAUCCUAGAACGUCCAUUCGCAUUCGGCUUUGGACCAACCCUUGUAUAGUAGAGCAUUUGAAUACCCAUGUUACC